AUAUAACCUCUCUACGCGCCCAGUCUUCUGCGACAACCUGCUAACCGCUUAUCAUGCCUCCGCUACCAGGAGAGGAGCGAGUGCUAACCACCUUUGCCGAUAUUCAUUAUUACUUUGCGGCGCCGACCCCGAAGCCCCUUCUCCAUCGGUUCGACAAGAGCUCGUAUCUAUAUCUAUACCACAAUGGCACUCAGAGGAAGACCAGGAUCGAAGUAGCCAAUAACCCUGGCACCCCUGAUCAGGAUGCCUUUAACGGAGCUCUCGAUAAUGUGCAUAUUAGCCAUUCUACAAGGUUCCCAACCCUGUGCACGAUAACCGUCGACGGGCAGACACAAGCACAGGGGGGAUAUACAUUUCCCCCACCACCAGGUAGCGCAAACCCGUACGAAUGGCAGCUGCCAACCAAUGAUCCCCGCGGCGAGAAUGCUCUCCAGCGUCUGCACACUUUCGACAUUUACUUCUGGACCCAAGGCGAUGUAGACCAAUUUCUGGAUCUGGCUGAACAGUACUUGUCUCGCACGCAGGUAGAAACAGACAGACAUCCAUUUCCACCUCCUCAAGUCAACACCACAAGCACAAUCGUCCAGCAAUUGGAAAAUGUGGCAAUCACAGACCCGGCUUACCAGAACGGCCAAACCAGGAAUUCUCAAGCAGAAGCGGUGGUCAGCCCUGCACCCAUUGGGCUUCCUCCACCACCUCCACCUCCCCAGGACACUCCAAGCGCUACUCCGGCAGCAUCACACCAACACACAUCCUCCGUCAGUCCUCUCUCAGUCGAGCAGAAGCGAGACUCCGCCCAAUUCACCCCUCUCCCCUAUAAUCCAGCUGCCCCCGCGGCGCCAGAACCAAUCAAGCAUCGGGAGAAAACACCACCGCCCCCCGAUGCUGCAGACGGGACUGGGCUCGCCGCAGCUGUAGCAGCAGACCACGGUGCUCCAUAUUCUAACCCUUCCCAUACACCGGCACUGGGAGGAGGCUACUCUGCUCCUCCCCAACAAGGGCAGGGCCAAGCAAGCCCAGGCCCGUACAACCUACCAGGAGCCUACGCCUCUCCACCACCAAGCGCAGGACUUUCCUUCCCACCCCAACAUCAAGCACCCAUCCAAGGCCCACCUGCCACAGUUCCCUCCUACCCACCCCAAACGUCCGUUCAAAGUCCUCCAGCAACAGCAGUCCCUUCAUACCCGCCGACAUACCUUCAAGGCAACUACGCUCAACCCCAUCAGCAGCAGAGCCAACAACAACAACAGCAACAGCCAAGCUUCUACGGCACCCAAGUCCCCGCGAUAGGCGGAUACUCAACAUACUCCUACGAGCAAUCCCAAACCCAACCCCACCCUCAUCACCAUCAGACCACACCCAGCAUCCAACCAGCCACCAAUGUCAGCACUCCAGGCUCUGAAUACGCAAUCCACAACCAGAUGUACCGCCCUACUGAGGCAGAGGCCUCCUCGCACCUUCAGGACCACGCAAAGCUGGCGAUGCAGAAUCCUGGCCAGCGGCCUAGAAAGCUGGAGGAGUCGGCGUCCAGAGUUGAGAACAGCGUGAACCGGUUCUUGAAGAAGUUGGAGAAGAAGCUUUGA